AUGGAAGAGCAGAAUGAAGAAUACAGUCUCUCGCAGUUUAUUGUACUAACACUGAUUAUGGGUGCCAAUGGACGGGAUAAUGGAUGUGGAAAGAAUGUGCAAAGGAGUGGACUGGAGACACAUCUGACAGACAACUGUCCUAAACAAAUCGUCAACUGUCAGUAUUGUGGUCAAGGAGGCACACGUGGACUGAUAACAGGGAGUAGCCAUCUAAGUGAGUGUCAUAACCUCCCUAUCAAAUGCGGUAUCACUGGAUAUCAUGAGAAGAUACCACGACACACAAUAGCAUCACACUGGAAGUCCUGCCCUAAACGGUUUGUAUUUUGUAAAUACAAAACUGUAUGCUGUAAAGCUUUUAUCAUGAAGGAAGAGCAUGAAAGUCAUAAUGCCCGUUCAUUAAAAGAACACUUAGAUAUGGCAAUGCAAAAACUUUCAUUGAUAGAUAGAUCUCAAAAUGAAAGAUCAAGGAUUCUACACCUCUCCUGGGGGAUACAAGAUGAGGUUGAAUGUGGACUGCAACGGAUGCAAUAUAUUGCUCUAGGGACACAUGUCUCUUGCCACAUUUAUCCCAUGGAAGGAGAGUAUGAUGAUACAUUAGAGUGGCACUUUCAAGGAAAAGUUACGAUAAAAUUACUGAAUCAACUGGAGGAUAAGAAUCACAGCAAAUUGACCAUACUAUUGAAUGCUGAUGAUGGCAUGGAAAGAGUGAGGGAAGGUUGUAGUUUAUAUGGAUGGGGCUCAAUGCAUUAUAUAUCACAUGAAGAAUUGGAGUAUAAUCCAGUUAAUAAUUGCCAGUAUCUUAAAGAUGAUAGUUUGUACUUCAGAGUCAGUGUAAAAGCUACAUCACAGACUAAGCCAUGGCUCACAUGA